GUGUAUCGCCCUUUUGAAAAACAUCGAUGCUAUCGAUAGUAACAUCGAUGUUUUUACAUAUCUGAUGUCAGUCAGUCCUUCCGAAAAUGGCUGCUGUUACGCGAUUUAAUUUGUUAGCGAAGCCAAAUAUUGGUGGGGCUUUGCCAGUCAGUCUGCAGCUGCACCGGUUCCAGAGCACCCAGCCCACGACCCUAGGGACUCCUCCGCCACAAACAAAAACUAAGUUCGGUCCGCUGGCGGACAAGGAUCGCAUAUUCACCAACCUUUAUGGGCGGCACGACUGGAGGCUGAAGGGAGCUUUGAAGCGUGGUGAUUGGUACAAAACCAAGGAAAUUGUGUUGAAGGGUCCGGACUGGAUCGUGAACGAGAUUAAGACAUCGGGUCUGCGCGGCCGCGGAGGCGCCGGUUUUCCUAGUGGCAUGAAGUGGUCCUUCAUGAACAAGCCCGGCGACGGCCGCCCAAAGUACUUAGUGGUAAAUGCCGAUGAGGGAGAACCUGGCACCUGCAAGGAUCGCGAGAUCAUGCGCCACGAUCCACACAAGCUGGUGGAAGGUUGUCUGAUUGCUGGUCGGGCAAUGGGUGCCCAAGCUGCUUACAUCUACAUUCGUGGCGAGUUCUACAACGAGGCUUCGAAUAUGCAACUGGCUAUUUCCGAGGCCUACCAGGCUGGUCUGAUUGGAAAAAAUGCCUGCGGAACAGGCUACGACUUCGACGUCUAUAUGCACCGAGGCGCUGGAGCUUAUAUUUGUGGCGAGGAGACCGCUUUGAUUGAGUCGCUGGAAGGAAAGCAGGGAAAGCCGCGCUUGAAGCCGCCAUUCCCCGCUGACGUUGGCGUCUUUGGCUGCCCGACUACAGUUACCAAUGUGGAGACUGUUGCCGUGGCUCCUAGCAUUUGCCGCCGCGGUGGCCUAUGGUUCGCCAGCUUCGGUCGCACUCGUAACUCGGGAACUAAGCUCUUCAACAUAUCGGGGCAUGUAAACAGGCCCUGCACUGUGGAAGAGGAAAUGUCAAUCCCACUUAAGGAGCUGAUUGAACGCCACUGCGGAGGCGUCACUGGUGGUUGGGAUAAUCUGCUGGGCGUUAUUCCCGGAGGUUCUUCCACCCCCAUCAUACCGAAAAAUGUCUGCGACGACGUAAUUAUGGAUUUCGAUGGCUUAAUCGCCGCUCAGACAUCGCUAGGUACUGCGGCUAUCAUCGUUAUGGACAAGUCGACGGAUGUGAUAAAGGCUAUUGCCCGGCUGAUAUCCUUCUAUAAACAUGAGAGUUGUGGCCAGUGCACGCCGUGCAGGGAGGGAAUCGGCUGGAUGAACAAGAUUAUGACGCGAUUUGUUAAGGGUGAUGCACACCCCUCUGAGAUAGAUAUGCUGUGGGAGAUUUCCAAGCAAAUUGAGGGACACACUAUAUGCGCGCUUGGUGACGGUGCUGCCUGGCCAGUUCAGGGACUUAUCCGUCAUUUUCGGCCCGAGAUCGAGAAACGAAUGAAACUAUAUGCAAAGCUCGCUAGCAAUUAAUAUAUAAAGUUAUAACUAA